AUGUCGUUAUUCCACUCUCCAGUCAAGACAACGAAUACAAGUACCAGCAACGAGAGCACUCAGGAUGCCACCACAAGCGACAGCCAACCAAGUAUCUCUCCAUCGCUCACCACCCACGUUAAUUCGGGUUCAUUACCGAGCACUUCGUCAAACACGAUUUUUGACUACGUAGAGGUAACAAAUAUGGCAACCGGCUUUGGCCAGCAACCCAACGGUACGGCAAACGCCUUUCAAGAUGGCUUUCGCCUACCACCUGGUACCAUAGCGGGAGGCUUUGACUUCAGUGGAGUGAGCCAGCGAUCAAAUUUUCCAACUUCAACUUCGUACUUCUGGCCCUCAAGCACCACUAGCACCAUUACCAACUACACUGGUGCCACCAACAAAAACAGGCCCUCAGACGGCCAGCGACGAACGCCUAAUGCCGACCAAAUCCUGGAAUCGAUCGACCAGAAGAUUGACAGCAAGAUGGAUGAAUUUAAAAGGUACAUGGAGGAAUGCUUCGCCUCGUGGUCGCAGAAGCAACCCACGGAUCACGUCAUUGAAAACAAGGCUGUAAUGACAACGACCUUGACCUUCGCAAGCUCGUCACUGGCAACGACAACAACUGCUAGCACUACCUGCUAUAGUUUUUCCAGCUGGACGCCCAACGUCUUCGGCAACAUUCCCUCAACUGGUCACACCUUUCAGCCUGACCUGCCUUUUGCUUCACGUAGCAAUUCAGGAGCAGACUUCCAACAACGAAAUCAGUUUCAAGGAAACUCCAUGCUUGGACAGCCACACUGCCUUCAAAUGACACCAAGUACCAAGCAUCUACAAUUCUGGAACUUCCACAAACACGAUCCUCAAGGAUGGUUCAAGCAAUUGGAAGGUCUGUUCUUGACUCACAACGUCCAUGACGACGAAGCCAAAUUCAACUUCGUCGGCACACGCUUGAGUCAAGACAUUCAUCACGAGCUCCAGUACAAGAUGAACACUCUUACUCCGGAGCAACAAUUGGACAGGCUUUUCAAAGGUCUGGAAAUUGGUUGUAAGCGACCAUCAGACUUCCUCGCUGAACUGCUCAGCCUAGCGCAGGACGGAGUGCCCAGAGAUACAGUAAUUUCGCUCUGGAAAAGCCGUCUUCCAGCACAAAUACGACUGAUGGUUUGGAACUACAAAGAAGAAGCAGAACUUGUCAAAAGCGCAGAUAUGGCCUUCGACAUCCUUCAACAGUCACACAACAUUAGUGCUUUGAAUGACAAUAACCAGCCUGCCGCCUACCCGGUCGACAAGUUCGAACAACUAUUAGCUGCACUUCAGAAGACAAUCAAUCCUGAACAGCAAGGUCGUUCUAGGCCAAACAAGCGUCACAACAGGUCUCGUACUAAUUCAAAGAAUAGACGCGAUUCGACCUCGGGCAGAUCAAAAUCCAAGCCGCGCUAUUCCAACAACACAAACUUUUGCACCUUCCAUCGGAAAUUUGGCAAGGAAGCGCGAAAACUAAAGAAUCCUGCUGUCGAGGAGACUGACAGCCGGUCCAACCUCACCGCACGUCUCCACGUGAGAGACAAUCUCUCAAAUGAAGUCUUCCUGAUAGACACCGGCGCGGACAUUUCCGUAGUCCCCAAGCCAGACAAUUGGCAAGGUAAGCCAGCUGACCUCAAGCUCUAUGCGGUCAAUGGCUCUACUAUCAACAUUUAUGGCGUCAAACGUCGCGAGUUGGACGUUGGCCUACCAUACAAAAUCGCUUGGAACUUCACCAUAGCGGAUGUUCCGCAUUCAAUCAUAGGAGCCGAUCUCCUGAAGCAUUACCAUCUUCUGCCAGAUCUCAAGCUCAAGAGACUGGUAGAUGGAAAUCAGUUUACGCACGCUCCCGCUUUCGUCAAGUCAGUGCAGCCAGUGCAAAUUUCCUUUUUGGCUCCGAACCAUAAAUACGCACACAUCGUGAACAAAUAUCCCCAAGUCUUUGGCCCUGACCAGUUCAGAACGGUCAAGAAAAGGGGAGUUUUUCACCACAUUGUCACCAAGGGCCAGCCAGUCUCGCAGCGAGCCCGUCCUCUCGCUCCAGCGAAGCUCAAGGCAGCGAAGAAGGAAUUUCGGAAAUGGUGCGAGCUGGGCAUCUGCCGGCCUUCCAACAGUGCAUGGGCCAGUCCACUUCACAUGGCGCCGAAGAAAAACAACCAAUGGCGUCCUUGCGGCGACUUUCGCAAAUUAAAUCUAAUCACAGUCCCGGAUCGUUACCCGAUUCCGCACAUGCAUGAUUGCAUGACCUUCUGCCACGGCAAGAAGAUUUUCUCGGCCCUAGACCUACGCCAAGCCUACCAUCAAAUCCCGGUAGCACCAGAAGAUGUGCCCAAGACGGCAAUAAUUACACCUUUUGGACUUUAUGAAUUCCUAGUUAUGACUUUUGGCUUUCGAAAUGCCUCACAAACCUUCCAGCGUUAUAUUCACUCGGCGUUGGGAGACCUAGACUUUGUCUUCGUCUACUUAGACGACAUUCUUAUCGCUUCCACGUCUGAAGAAGAGCACCAGAAGCACUUAGAUAUAGUGCUCAAUCGCCUCAACGAGUACGAGCUCCAGGUAAACCUGGAGAAAUGCAGUCUCGGGGUUUCAGAACUCGUUUUCCUGGGUCACCUCAUCACGCCUAACGGUUUCAAACCUAACCUAGAGAAAGUUAAGGCGAUUCAAGAAUUUCCAUUACCACGGACCAUCGAAGAAUUAAGAAGAUUCUUAGGUCUUGUGAACAGCUAUAGGCGUUUACUCGCGCACGCUGCCGAAACACAACGCCCCCUUAAUGAAUUCUUGAAAGGUGCCAAGAAGAAAGACAAACGCCCAGUUCCCUGGACUCCGGAAGCUGAGGCUGCUUUCCGCAAAUGCAAAGAGGAUCUCAUCAACUUAGCUUUCACAGCUUUUCCCAGUGAAAACGCUGAAUUGCGCCUCAUUACAGAUGCUUCCGAUACCGCAAUGGGAGCGGCCCUCGAGCAACGCUCGGAUGAUGCCUGGCAACCCUUGGCAUUCUUCUCGCAGAAGUUCUCUCCUGCGCAAAUGAAAUACGCCACUUAUGACAGGGAACUAACGGCAAUUUAUGAAGCAAUUCGUUACUUCCAUCACUACCUUGAAGGAGCAGAAUUUAAAAUUCAUACGGAUCACAAGCCUUUGAUCUACGCUCUUCAGCAGAGCCACGACAAAAUGCCAGCAAUUCGCUCACGCAGAUUGUCAUAUAUCGCCCAGUAUAACACGGAGAUUCUUUAUCUCCCAGGGGAGGAGAAUGACGUUGCUGACGCACUGUCGAGAAUCAACGCUUUCACAUCUCCUGCAUUUUUCAACUGGAGCGAUCCUGAACUCUUGGCUGAUCCACAAGUCAGGGAAGUCCUCGCUAACAUUAACGCUUUCAAGCUACCAACACUGUUCGACGCCAAACAACUCAGCGAGGAACAAGGAAAGGACGAAGAGCUAAAAGAAAUUCUGCAAACGCCGGACCACCCCUUAAAGCUGCGCAAACUCACGUGGGGAUCCGCGCACGCAGCAUUUUACUGCGACAUCUACGAGGACGUCAUUCGUCCAUACCUUCCCAAGAAAUUGAUAAAGGAAGUUUUUAACAACUUUCACUCACCCUCGCAUCCUGGAGUCAGUCACAACCCGACUCAUCCACCAGCAUUUUUGCCCAGGCAUUUCAUUGCUCCAGAUGCUAGAUUCGAUCACGUCCAUUUGGAUCUCGUAGGCCCCUUCGCCCACAGCAACGGCUACACGCAUCUCCUCACCAUCAUCGAUCGCUACACGAGAUGGCCAGAGGCAAUAACAAUUACAGAUACCACUGCGGCUACGGUAGCUCGUGCUUUUCAUGACAACUGGAUCUGUCGUUACGGUUUACCCACGACGAUCACUACAGAUCAGGGUGCCCAGUUCGAAUCCAAAUUGUUUUCAGAAUUAUUAUCGAUCCUAGGAAUCAACAGGAUCAGAACCUCGUCGUAUCAUCCUGCUUCCAACGGCAUGGUGGAGCGUCUCCACCGAGACAUCAAGUCAGCUCUCAUGUGCCACGGAGACAACCAAAACUGGGUUCGUUUACUGCCCACAGUCAUGCUUGGACUACGCACGCGCAUCCGUUUAGACACCGAUGCUAGUCCAGCUGAUUUAGUUUUCGGCAAGUCAAUGAGGAUUCCCGGUGAUUUCUCUCCCUUCACCAACGAAGAGCCGAACGUUCGUGUCUUCUACAACGAAUUUCGCGAUUACAUGAGACAACUGAGACCAGUUCCAGUUAAUCACAAGACAGCUACCAAGCCAUUCACACAUCAAGGUUUAGAUACCUGUACACACGUCUGGUUACAGGAAAAACCUAUUAAACCUGCAUUGACGCGGCCCUAUACUGGCCCACACAAAAUAAUUUCGCGCAAUCUAGCGAACCACACCUUUAACAUAUAUAAGGAUGGCACUGUCAAAACAGUCAACAUUGAACGGGUGAAGCCCGCGUUCAUCCUGCAAGAUGAUCCCGACGGCACUAAGGAAAAUACCACUCCUGAACCGAUCAGGAUUCCUUCACCGACGGAUAUUAACCGCGUUCAACCAGCAGACGACACACGUCCAGCACCCCUCACCACUGAUCCGGUGGAUCACCCUAUUCCUUCCCCACAACCUCAUACACCCAAACGUACGAAGUUCGUGCCGAACAUUUUAAAAAGGAAUAGGCAUUCGGACUCGAUUCUGUUACAAAACGUGACUUCUAAGAAACGAAUCUCUUUCGCUCGUAAACCUCAAGUCAGAACGUUCGUUUCAGAAACUCAACCAAAGAACAAAUUAGAUUUAGUAUACAUUGUUAACACGUUACGAGAAAUUUUCUCACGUUAG